GACGCGGGUGAAACCGCGGGCGAAAGCUCAAAGUCAUCAAUAAUAUUAAAGAAAAAGGUAGGAUAUAGGUACAACCUCCAUGUAUCUCAAUUUCUACGACUUCAUUUGUUUAGAAAUAAAACCUUUGGUAUUUUGACGGAUAAUUAGCUUUUAUCGGAAUUUAUUAUUUACUGGAUCUGAUACACACUUAUUUCAAUAUCCAUAUGUGUUUUUAAUAGAAAUGGAUCCUAUAAAACUAGCUUCUGGCGAUAAUAAAAUUGCUAUUACUUCAAGACAAGUCUACGACACGAAAGCAUAUGAAGCUGAAGAUGAUAAGCAAUCACCUAACUGUGACGAGGUGCAGACAGAAAGUGAUAUUGAAAAAGUAGGACAAAGUGACGUCACACCACAAAUGAUUGAUGAUAAUGAGGCCAAAAUGAAGGAGAGAAUAGCGCAAUGUAAAAACAUUAUUGAGUCACUAAAGAUUGAACUUAACGAAGAAAAGGCGAAAUUGGAAAAACAAAGUCUCAAAAGCUGCCAUCGUUUAUCGGAAUCUCCGUCAAAAUGCACCACUAGCCACCAGUGUGUAUCCUCAUCUAACGCAUUUGCAGGUGAUCUGACAUACAAUACCAACUUAUACAGGGAAUGCGUGGAUAGCAAACUAACUUGUGAUGAAAACUUAAUAGAAUAUGAGAAACAAUUACAGAAAUAUCAAAAUACCCUCAAUAUGGCCCAAAUUGAAAAGAAAAAUGCUAUAAGAAAACAAAUGCUAGCUAAAGCUUAUCGACUAAAGCUUUUAGAAGUAGAAAACCAAUGCAAUAUAGAACUGCUAAGGGUUAAGCAAAGUUUACAGUGCCUCGAACCUUUGCAAAUGAUCGCUAGCAAGUGGAAAACUAAUACUGAUGAAAUGUAUGAUGUAAAUAGCUUUGAGUUGAUCCCGAGAUAUCCAGAACUUAACGCUAAUUCUAGUAGUGACAUCACCUCCUACGAACUGGAGAUAAAAACAGCGACAGAAAGAAUUGAAAAUGUCGCUAAAGAAGAUUCCGUCUUUUCAGACUGAAACAUCUAUCAAGCUAAACAAUAUGCUAUUUUUAGAUACUAUGUUUUAGGUCCUGGCAAAUUUUUAAGCUUUUUGUGAGCUUACAUAACCCUGUUUUAAAUUUUUCACUUGUAUGGGAUUUACAAAAAUAUUAUAAAAUUUACUCAAUAAAUCUAUUGGUAUUUUUCAGUA